UCUAUCGACAUCCAACAAAAACUCAACAUUGUCCCAAAGAAUUAAAGCCAACUUUUUUUAAAAGUCAAAAUUUUAAAAAUUUCAAUAAUACAAACACAGAUUUUGCCAAAGAAACGAAAUCAUUGAAAAACUGCCAAACACAAAACGUGGAAAGUUUUGUAAAAAUAUUAAGAGGAAAAUAUACGAAAAAAUCUAAAAAUUCGAAAGCAAUGGAAAAUGUAAAAGAGAAUGGCUGCAAAUGGCCAGGAAAACCACAACAGAAAAGGACAAAGGCCGACAAAUCGGAUAAAAAUAAUUCGAAACGUCUUAAGAAAGCAACGAAAAUUCAAAUUAACAAGAAAACCAAAGACAAGGUCAAGGGAAAAUGCUGUAAUUUGAAAAUUAUUGGCAAUGAAAAUUCAACAGACAAUGAGAGAUAUUUGACAGAUGGUGAACUUGUCUUUAUAGCGGAUGAUUUAUAUUUUAAUUCAACAAACUCAGUAUAUCAGGCAGAAAAGUUCCAAGAUUUCCAAAUGAAUGUUAACGAUUAUAAUAGAACUGAAACAGCUGCUACAAAUUGUUGUUUAGAAUCUUUAAACACUGACAAUAGCAAUUCCAGGGAUAUUGUAGCCAGAUCUAGUGAAAAUUCCAAACAACCUCUUGAUCACAACUCUAAUAAGCUCAAAAAAUCCCCAAAUUUGGAAACAGAAGUCUGCAAAAAAUCAAAGAAAACUCAGCAUUGUCCCAAAGAAUGUUGUUCAUUGGAAAGCACCAGCAAAAACAGCAGUAAUAAAAGAGUUUCCAAAAAGAAUGCGUCGAACAUGUGUCGAACGAAUGCUUUAGAAAGCAUUCGAGUUCUCAAAAUAAAAGGGGCUGAAAAGUCUCCAAACCUCUCAAUUCAAAAUGCUUUACAAUGCUAUAGCGAAAAUGUUUAUAUUUCGCGAGAUUUACUAACGAAAAUUAAUGAAAAUUUCGAACAAAAUCCUUCACAAUCCACCAGCAAUUCCCCGGGCUUGCAAACUAACAACAUUAGUGCAAAUUUGGAAACUACUGAACUCAGUUCUAAACAAACCACCUGUGAAAAGAUCAGAAAUUAUCUUAAUUUACAAAAACCAGCUAAAGAGAAUUCCCAGACAACCACUAAACAAAAUUCUACAAAAAGCAAUGAGGAAAUAAUAAGAGAUUCAUCAAAAUUCCAGCUAUUAUACAACAAUCAACAACAACCAGUUCCAAAUUAUAAGGAACCUAACGAGAUCCCCACAAUAAAUUCCAAUAAUGUGCCACCAAAUAAUAAAGAAACAUUAAAACUACCCGCCAAGCAAACUUCUUUAGAAUCCACCACCAUUCCAAACUCCCCAUAUUUAACCCAGGCUGAUUUUGAAAAUCCCCUUCUAUAUCUACCCAUUGACAGCUACCUCAACAGAGCCACAACUGCUGUUGCUGACUUUCAAAACACCGUCAAAUCUUCAAUGUCCCAAAUAUACGAAAGUUCACCAAUUGAUAAAGCCAUCCACAAUGAUCUCAUUAGUUUGGACAAUUGUGUAGAAUCUUUUUCCAAAUAUUUACUGCAGUCCUAUAAUGAUAUGGAACUUAUGGAUGCCAAAACUAAUAACUGUGUAGCCUAUCUAAAGAGCCAAAAUAUGAAAAAUAUGAGAAUCCAGAAUCAGCAACUGAGGAAUCGAAUUUUUUGAAUACAUACAUAGGUCCAUCCAAAUUUUUUGUCUUACUGACGCAAGUAAUGACUGCCACAAUUGUUUGAUUGGCAACAAAUCGGUUCGAUAUGAAAUCUGUCCUUUGUGUGUAAAUGUGAUGUAAUUAUGACUGCCGAUGUUUUGUAGACAGCUCAAAUACUGGACCUAUUUUUAAUAGAAUAACAAUCGAAUUAAAUCA